UUGAUCGUUAUUAAAGCUACUUUCACUUUCGUUUUGACUAGGUGUGGCAGCGAUACUCAUCGACAGAAUAUUCCAGGUUUACACGAUGCGUAUAAGCUGUACUUGGUGUCGUUCAGGGGUACCUGUCUUCAGGAGGAGAAGUAACACCUCAAAGGUCUUCUCCCGGAGAGGAGGCUGGGACUGUACAGUCGUUGUCGCCAUGAAACCAUGUCCCCACUGUGGUGCAAGCUUCAAAGACCUGGUCAAAUGCAGGCUUGGGUUGAGGCAGACCACCUACCGACCAAAAGCAAUGAAGACGAUUUGUUCCAGCUGUAGCGAUGCUGGUAUGAGUCCCGGUGAUCACGCUUGUCAUUCAAGACAUGUGAUAACCUCCACCAGAUCAGCGAAACAUCGUCAUGACCUAAGUAUCAUCAGCUCAUUUUCCGUUAAAUUUGAUACACGGUUGAAGAGACUAGUUCUAACUCCACCACAGCACCUGCAAAGGUGUGCACACACGAAUUCUCGGGCACUUGUCGACCUUAGAAGUCAAAAUGCUUCGUUUGAUCGUCAGACAAGCAAUUAUUUAUAUCAAAAGCAACAGAGUCACAUGAUGAGUCUCAGUGAAGAGGGAGCUGACCAAGAAUACAUUGGAAUGGAUUUUCUUCCCGAAGCAACACCCAUGGGACUUAUUGAUACAAGUGUUACGGAUCAAUUUGAGCCACAAGAAAACCAGUACAGUGAUGAAAAUUCCCCUGAGAACCAGUCAUUAGACCAAGAGAUCGUGUCUGGUGAAGAUCCUCAGGGACAGUUAUUAGAAAAACAAAGCUACACCAGGCCUUCAGCAAUGGAAAUCAACGAUGAGCCUUCAAGGAACGGAUUUAAAAAAUCUCAUCACUAUAAUCCCCAACAUGAUACAGAAGACCCCUUUGAGAGGGUACAAGCCAUAGCACUUCAGGAUCAUGUUGAGAGAUGUGUGAGAUAUCCCUCUGUAAUCAUCAUGGUCGAUAGACAGGACGUGUGGGACAGCAGCAUUAACUUCUUCUGCACUGUCGCAGUUGCCAACUCUGCAAAUAGUUUGAUGGUGGUGUUUGAGGAUGGUAAGGGGCAUCGGGAGGCUGUUGUUGACGCCGAUUCUUCAAGGAAGGAAUAUCUGAAUCUGUUAUUGGAUGUCAUCAUCACUGACAGCAAAAUGGUACAUGGCAAUGAACAUGGCCUAUGUAUCCGUCCAAGCCAAUCACUAUUAGACCAAGGCUACUUCCGGGUUCUGGGGGUCAUGCUCGCCACCAUCAUAGCUCAGGGAGGACAAGGUGCUGCUAUCUUCGCACGACCUGUAGCAGAUGCCAUCCUAGGAGUCAACACAUGUGCAUCACUAGAACAUGUGCCAUAUCCACACAUUAGAGAUGCUUUAAGCAAGGUGCAAAGUGCUGAGACCGAGGGUGAACUGCACGAAGCCUUGAAGAUCUGUGAGUGGAGGGCAUCCAUAGACACACUCCCAUCACAUGUCACAAUGGCUACUAGGGCUGAGUUUGUCAAAGGGUGUAUCCAACACUUUGUGCUGUUCAGCAGCAAACCAAUGUUGAACCAGCUUACAGAGGGACUACAACACUGUGGGAUUUUAGAAGUCAUACGAAAAUGGAACUUAUGUCAUCUGCUUGAAUAUAUCCCUGGCAUGUCCCCAACCUCCCAGAGACUCACGGCACUGCUUCCAAGGAGGACGACUGACACAGGACAGCAACAAAUAAGAACUCUCCAUGAUUAUAUCAGAGCUAGAGAAGAUGGAACACUCUCAGAUGUGCGCAAAGGCCCUCCCCGUGGGACACCGUUCCACUCCAAAGUGUACCACUCCUUACCUCCACUCCAUAUUGUGGAAACAGCAGCUUCUGUAGUUUCUGGUUCAACCAGUGUCCAACUGUUCUCAAUGAUUAUGUCCCUAUUUAUUCAAGUUAUCACAUGUAUAUGGCUUUUGAAUGACCCAUGUAUAGGUCAUAUGAACUAAUUUCUUCUACCUGCCAUAUGACCUGUGUAAAGUUUCAGUAAUUUGUAUAUUGUACCUGUUGUAUGAUGAAGUACAAGUUCUCUAUAUGCGUAUUGUAUACCUAUUAUGUAGCCACUGUACAGGUUCUAAUAUGUAGUCCAUUAUAUCUGUUGUGUGAGACGUGCCGGUUCCAGUAACGCGUAUGUACAUUGACACGAAUGGCCAUACAAUUUGACUGUUUGAUUGGCAUUCUAGAAGUUGGCGAGUAAGUAAGAAGACACAUAACUUUAUGGAUAACAACUUCUGGUUUAUUGCAUAUAGUGACGUUUCAAUGUACAGUAAGAAUAACAAAUAGCACACAUGCAAUGAAGUUCAUGGGUAAUGAAGCCAGAUAAGGAUAAGGAUUAAAAAGAUACAUGCAUAAAAAAAACAUGACACUUCAACAGUCAAAACUGAGAGCAGAUCAACCCUCUCAGACCGCCAGCAAAUUCAAAUUCUGUUUGACAAAGUCUAAAUCCUCCCAACCAAACCACCAGAGUUUCAUUAAAAGAAAUCUCGCAGAGAUCAAGGGUAUUACAUCUCUUUUGCCUGUGAAGAUCUAAUCAAGCAAUAGACUAUUUUAAUUAGGAUCCAAUCAGCGUGUCACAACUGUUUACUCCUUUUAAUCCUUAUCCUUAUCUGAAGAUCAAGAAUAGAGCACUGGCAUAAUGUAGAUUUGAAGACUUGUGAAAUCACAUUUUCUUUGUGAUCUAUAUUGGUCCUUAGGAUCUUAAGGAGGUCAGAAUUGCAUCCCUACUUCAUACACAAUUCGUGGAAUUGGAAGGUAGUGUUUCCCUUGGGUAAGCGGUAUAAAGAACAUUGUUUCGGUUUUGUAGGUUCUUUGAUUUAGUUGUCUUUCUGAACUUUGUGUUCUUGAAGUAUUAUGAGAUGCUGAUUAUGUUAGUUUGCAUACAUUGUUAAACUGUGUUUAGAUCCUAAACACGUAUCUAAGUGCACCCCUUUUCCCAGAAUUCUGAGGCGUGUAGGGUCUAAACAGGUUUAUGAUUGUGCUUAACAGCUAAACGUGUUUAGGGUCUAAAUGUUGGAAAGACCCGGGUCAUUGUAGGUACUUUUUAUGUGACCGCCUCCGUGGUCCAGUGGUAGAGAGUCCGCCCGGAGAGCGGAAGGUCCCGGGUUCAGUCCCCAGCUGCGUCAUACGAAAAGACUUUCAAAGAUGAUACUUGUUGUUACCCUGUCU